CGAACACUUGUUCAUUCCCAGGAGCGCUGCCUUUGAGGUCGGAACCCGAGACAGAGUACGAUCUCGCUUCCUGGGCCCCAGGCGGCCCCCAGAUACCCAGACAUGAGCAAGUUGGGCAAGUUCUUUAAAGGGGGAGGCUCUUCUAAGAGCCAAGCGGCUCCCAGCCCCCAGGAAGCCCUGGCCCGACUUCGGGAGACUGAAGACAUGCUAGGCAAGAAGCAGGAGUACCUGGAAAACCGCAUCCAGAGAGAACUCAUGCUGGCCAAGAAGCACGGCACGCACAAUAAGCGAGCUGCGUUGCAGGCACUGAAGAGAAAGAAGAGGUUUCAGAAGCAGCUCACUCAGAUUGAUGGCACACUGUCCACCAUCGAGUUCCAGAGAGAAGCCCUAGAGAACUCACACACCAAUGCUGAGGUGUUGAGGAACAUGGGCUUGGCGGCCAAGGCGAUGAGAACAGUUCAUGAAAACAUGGAUCUGAAUAAAAUAGAUGAUUUGAUGCAAGAGAUCACAGAGCAACAGGAUGUUGCCCAAGAAAUCUCAGAAGCAUUUUCUCAGCGGGUUGGAUUUGGUGAUGACUUUGAUGAGGAUGAGCUGAUGGCAGAACUGGAAGAAUUGGAGCAGGAAGAAUUAAAUAAGAAGAUGACAGAUAUUCAACUUCCACAUGUGCCUUCUUCUUCCCUCCCAGCACAGCCAGACAGAAUGCCAGGUAGAAUUAGGGGCACAUCAUCCACUGCACAGAGGUCCCAAGCAGCCUCUUCUAGGAGGGCAGAAGAAGAGGAGGAUGACAUCAAACACUUGGCAGCUUGGGCUACUUAAAUGAAAUGGAAUUUUUUGACACCUAAAUUAAUGACCUCUACAUAGGACAUAAAAAAUAUUUUUGCCAAGUUCAGAAGUUAACAGAGACCCUGUUUCACAUUUACACUGGAUAAGUAAUUGUCUUUUAAGCCUCGAAAGUAAAAGUUAAAGAAAGGAGUCAUGCCAGACAGAAGCAGGGAUGGAAAGGGACUCCUGGUGGCAUCUUGGAGGACCUCUUCACAAGGAUGGGAGGGGUCCCUCCCUUGCUCACUACUAAAUCCCAGUCCUGGAAUGUAGCUGGUUCUCUCUCUAUGUUUGUUGACAAGAAAUGGACAUCUGUUCACCUAUAAAACAUAUAAUCAUUUAUAAGCCAUUGAAGAGAGAUGUGUCUGUGAUAGCUGGAAAAAUGACUUUCUAUUCUCUGCAAGUGCAAGUGGGCUGUGUUUCCAUGUCAGUGGAUAUGGUACCCACAGUAGAUGGAAAUACACUGUGUCUCUAGUAGGAGAGAUGUCGUGUGGAACAGUCCUGUUGAAGUCUACACAUAGUUUCAUGUGAGUGUUGUCAUUUGAAAUCUUAAAGAAUUUUAAAUUGACAUUUAUUAUGCCAAUUAAGCUUGGAAUGGGGCAGUGGAUGCAUUUCCCAGAAUGUCUGAAAGCAACACGAACUCACACCACUGAGUGUGGAUCUCCUGAGUGUGAUUCAGCUGCUUAGGAAGCUGUGUGACAGCCUGGGGCUAUAUGAUGCUGCAUCAGUGACUGAAUGUGUAAAUGUUCAUGCUUUCUGUCCUAUGUUCUCUUAUUCAUUAAUUUACACAUUGCAGCCUAUUUCUUGUAAAUACAUCAAAAUAUAGGCCAUUAAAAGUAUAUCUUGAAUGAUAUUUUGGACAUAAUUAUUUUUAAAUGGAAGUGUAUUACAAAGUUAUGUAUUGCCCAAAAUAUGUCAUGAAGCAUAAAAUGACAACGUCAUUACAUAAAAUGUUCUAGUGUUUCCUACAUUUGCUUAGCAACAUAGUGAAAAGGAGAGAACACUGGAUGUGGAGAUAGGGUCUCUGCCUCGCCACUAACACAAUAAGGAGGAGGCAUGAACUCCAAGCCUUUUUGUCUUCAUUGGGAGAGCUAAAGGCUGGACUUGAUCUCUAAUGGACUAAUUUUGCCACAGGCCUUUUGCAUAUUGCUGUUCUUCUUAGUAGUCUUCUUACCCUCCACAAUACAGGUACCAAAUCUUACUUCCUAAGUCUUAGUUAAAAUGUUCAUCAUCUUGGGAAACUUUUCUAAAUGCACAGACAAAAUUGGGUCUCCCUGUUAUAUGAGUCCAUAGCACACUGCUUUCUCUCCUGUUACCUGUCAUGGUUCACAUUGCAUGAGCAUUACUUGAAUUAUUACUCAUUUAUCACUGCUCUUUCCUGCUGGUCUCAUGGUGAUCAUGAGGGUGUGAGCUGUAUCUCUUUCAGUACAACAGGGCACCCCCAGCACCCUGCAUAAUUCCUCAUACACAGUAGGUAUUCAGGAAAUAUUUGGUAAAUGAAUGGAGAUUACGUUUUUACAUCUUUUGGGCCAUCACAGGAACUUGAUUGAUCUUCUGUCUUCAAAACUGGACAAAAUACAUGAAACAACUGUUUGUAGACAUCGGACAACAGACAGCCCUAGACUGAUUCCUGAGAGAGAACCCAAUAAAGUGAGUCCUCACUUCCCCAGCCCACUGCCUUCACAGGGGAGGGAACUCAAAGAGAGCCUGGUGGCCUUAGGGGGGGAGGGAGAGAGAGAAAAAGAGCGAGAGAGAGAGCACACAUGCAUGCUCUGGAGAUCAGAUCAGCAGAGGGGUCCCUGAAGUCUGGCUGAGUGCUGAUCUGCAUACAUGUGUUACAAAUUUAUGGAGGCCCAGAACCACUGGGGAAAAGUAGGCAGAUCAAUUCCAGAGAUCACACAGGGAUCAGGAAUGGCCAGUGGGCUGUUCCCACUAGCCAUUGUGAAAAGGCCUCCUGAUACAGGGACCAUCAGACUGAGUCUUCAGAAGGGCAUUGCCUCAGUAGUGAGGUCGAAUUAUGCCUCAACUAAAGGAUGUCUGGGUCCACCCUGUAAAACUUAAAGGCAAACUUGAAAAGAAUGAAAUGAUUCCAAGUCACCUAACUGCAUCCUGGGUCAAAACCCCCUAAUACUUAAAGGAAUAUAACAGCUAACAAGUAACAACAACAGAGCAACUAAAAUAAAACUGUGGCCCUGACUGGUGUGGCUCAUUUUGUUGGGCAGUGCUCUGUGAGGCUAAAGAUCACAGUUUGGAUUCCAGGUCAGGGCACAUGCCUGAGUUGUGGGUUCAGUCCCCAGUCAGGGUGUAAGAGAGGCAACACAUCUAUAUUUCUCUGUAUAAAUAAAUAAAUUAAUUAAUUAAAAAAUCUUUAAAAUAAAAUGAAAUAAAAUUCUGACAUCCAAAUCUUUUAAUUUCAAAGAUUUUGUAUGAAAGUAAUGUAGAAUGUCUCAUUAGUACUUGUAUAUUGAUUUCAUGUUGAAAUAUUAUUUUAGAUGUAUUGAGUUAAAUAAAAUGCAUUAUUAAAACUUA